AUUUUUGUUUCAUUCACUUUGAUAAAUACAGAUACCAUUCCAGAAAAUCGGACAGAAAUUGUGAUUAAAGGCUAAAUUGUUGGAUGAACACCUAGUCAUGACGGAUGAUAUCAAGAAAUAUUUCAAUGGGCUGAUACAGAAGGUGAGUGGCAUAAUGUGUAUCAUUGUGACUGAUCGUGAUGGAACACCGGUAAUAAGUGCCAAAGCAGAGGAUGCACCACUCGAAAUUGGGCUGGCCACUAAACCAACCUUUUUAGCCACAUACACAAUGGCCACGGAUCAAGCGAGCAAAUUGGGACUGGGCAAGAAUCAAUCCAUCGUUUGCAUGUACUCCAAUUAUCAGAUUAUCCAAAUGAAUAAGCUGCCGCUGAUUGUGACUUUCAUCGGAACAGAAGACUGCAACACAGGCUAUAUUCUUGCGCUCAGCGAUCAAAUCGACAAUUAUUUAGACGAGAUUAAGCAAACAGUUAUAGAAACCUAGCGAUUGUCUUCGGUGUGCAGUGCCAACAGUGAUGAUCAUCCGUAAUCGAUUGACUGUGCUGUAUGCACGGUGGAAAUCAAUAAAUGUCUAUCUAGGCAUUAGACCAUAAGAUUUACAGACGCUAUCAAUGUUAAGAAAAGAAAAAAAACUUCUUAUUUUUGUAUGUUACAAACAGAAAAGGAAAAUAACGGGCAACAAUAAACACAAAUAAACUGAA